AUGUCUCUUUUAAAUUAUUUCAAUUAUUUCUCUAAAAGGGAGACAGAUAACUAUUCUCAAACGAAAAAUAGAACAGAAGAGGUUGGUAACGAUGACGGAAUUACACCUUAUUCUCCUCAAACUAGGAAAGAAUUAUCAUCCGAUGAUUAUGAGGAUCCCAAACAAGUAAUAAAAAGGCUCAAACACAAGAAAGAUGAAUUUAAAGAAGAGUAUAAUUUAUUAAAAAAAGAAUUAAGGGAAGUGAAAGGUAAUAAUGAAGAAUUACAAAAGUUUCGCCGUAAGCUUGACAGUAAUUUGUCAAAAGAGAAAGCAUCUAAGAAACAACUGGAACAAAAUCAUACAAAAGCAAAGAAAGAAUUCGACUCAAAAUUAAAAAGCUUAGAAAGUGAAGUAAAAUCUUAUAAACAGCGUUAUGAAGAACUUGCAUUUAAAAACCGAAAUAUGGAGCAAGCAUUUGUUAACGAAAAGAAACAACUGGAGCAAAAUCAAACAAAAGCAAAGAAAGAAUUCGACUCAAAAUUAAAAAGCUUAGAAAAUGAAGUAAAAUCUUAUAAACAACGUAAUGAAGGCCUCGCAUUGCAAAAACGAAAUGUGGAGCAAGAAUUUGAUAGAGAGAAACGAAUUAUGGAGCAAGAAUUUGUUAGGGAGAAAGAAAAUUACGAGAGGAAUAUCGAUAAUUUAGAACUAAAUAUAAAGAAACAAAAGAAAAAUUUCGAUCAAGCAUUGCAACAAUCACAAGAAAGAUAUAGUAAGAAUCUUAAUAAUAUACAAAAAAAAUUAAAUGAUAAGGGAAACGGCUUACGUGAAUUAGAAGAAGAAAAUGCCAAACUUAGAGAAGAGGCCUCUAAGUAUCAAUCAGCCCUCGGUGUAGCGACAAAUACUCGGCUUGGUGACGAUGAUCAAAAUCAUUCGGUUAAAUUCAAACAAGACAUCUUAAAUUUACAGAAAUCAUUGGAAAAUUAUGUUACUCACUUGAAACCUAACAUGGAUAUCGAUAUUGAAAAAGUAAAUAACCUUGCGAAAGAAUAUGGAUGUUUCAAUGAAAUUACUGAGGCAGAUAAACUCUUUAUUAAAGCUAUUUUACAACGCAAAAUAUUAGAUCAAGUACAAGAUUAUUCCUUUAAAUUAUCUGAAUAUCAAGGUUCAAAUGUCGCACUUGAAUUGAAUAUUGAUAUAAAAACGCGAGAAUUGUUAGAAUUAAUCGACAACCUCUCGAAAACUCGCGUUGGUACUGACAAAGUUAUUGACGCUGCGGCGAUAAAAAUACGUCAAGAAGUUUAUGGAAUACUUGGUAAUCGCGGAUUCAAUGAUAUAAUCGAUCUUGAUGAUGAUGGAACUUCUAAAACUUUUACGCAUGAUCUCAUAAAUUAUGCUAGCCAUGAACUAAAUAAAAUGAUGAAUCAGUAUCGGAAAAUCAAUGAUAAUGAUAGAAAAAAUAAAAUUGAAGCCAUGGCACCGAAACUUAUUCAAGAUAUUUACCAAUUAUUUUGUUUUCGUCUACAUGUUCAAGAACCGAUCGCGGAACCUCUUUUGUUUGCAAAGAAUACUAAAAUUGAUCCAAAUAAAAUGAACGGAAAUUGGGACGAUGAUGAUAUCAACCAAUUACGUGUAGGUAUUUGUUAUUUUCCUCUCAUUGGGCGAGAUUUGACGUCUUCAAACAUAAAAGUGUAUACAACUGCAAAAGUAUUUUCACGAGCUGCCAUUAGUUCAAAUGAGUCCGACGAAGAUGUAUCAUAA